AUGGGCAGGGAAGAGGUCAUGCCUCAUGAUGAACGAUAUACAGCAGCUGAAGAGUUAUGGGAAAAGUCGUGGGAAGAUGGAGCUCAAGUCUGGCAAGAAGAACCUGAGAUGGCCUACGACCCAAGCAAGAUACACAAGAUUAAUUAUGAAGGCAAAUAUCACAAGAUGAACGCAUUCCACCAAACGCAUCCAUCGCCCCAGAGGACGCCCUUACUGUUUCAAGCAGGUUCUUUCAAAGCUGGAAUCCAAUUCGGAGGCAAGCAUGCAGAAGCGAUAUUCUGUGCAAACCCAACAAUCGAAUCCACAAAGAAGUAUACAGCUGCUGUACGUGCCAAAGCUGUGGAGGAAGGGCGGGACCCCCCGUCGAUCAAGUUCUUCUUGGGCAUCAUGCCUAUUCUGGGUCGAACCGCUGAGGAAGCAGAGAUGAAAUUUGAGGCAGCGAAGAAGAAUGUCAGUGUCAACGGUGGAUUGGCGCGCUUCUGCGGCUUUACGAACGUUGAUUUGAGUGGCUAUGCAAUUGACGAGGAGUUUAAUUUCGAAGGCAAGCACCACGAGAACAGCAUUCAAGGCGUCAUCGACAACAUCAAAUUAAUUGGGACUGAGAAGGUCUUCACGCCUCGAGUUGUGGCUGAAAUGUUUGCACUUGGUGGUUCUGGGCCACGGCCUGUCGGAACUCCCGAGAUGGUGGCCGACUUUUUUGAAAAAUGGUGGAGAGAGGGAGAUCUUGAUGGGUUUAACUUGAACUAUGUAUCGAACCCUGAGAGUUUCGAGGAUGUCGUGGAACUACUUAUACCAGAACUCCAGAGGCGUGGGAUCUACUGGGAAGAUUAUCCUGUCCCGGGUGGUGCAGCAAGAGAGAAUUUGCACAGCAACCCAGGACAAAAGUUGCUUCCGAAAGAGCAUCCUGGUGCGAAGGUCCGCUGGGAUGUAGCCCGAGAAGCAGCGACUAAACACAAGGCUGCAGAAAGCUGA